GCAAAAGAUGAAACGCACGCUUGAAAAUGGCCCGUAGGUCCCAACGCUCCAAAACACUUGUUGGUGCAAGGGAACUUUCAGUUAAGAAAUUCUUAACGAUUAUUCGGGUUCAGAAGAUUGGUGAAGGAUGGGAACUCUGCAGUGUUCAAAAAGAUUGAAUUAGGAACAAGAACCUUUCACGGAUUUUGAUGCCGACACAAGAUUUUUUUUUUAUUUUUUAUUGUUGUCUUUUUGACAGUUGGACGUCCCAUCUCGUCGUGUGUUGCUUCAGCCGCCGUUUCUGCUGUUAAAGGCCUCGCCGCCCGUUGCGUUUUGUCUUUUGACUUGCGCGGGACUCUCUCGCUCCUCCUUCUUUUAUAUUUCAACGAUGGGAUUAGGAAAACUCUUAUUUCCUGCACAAAAGCGCGGGGGAGACAGGGAUAUUAAUGAACCAGUGAUCAUGGUGGAAGACGGCGGGAACAGACGCACCAACUCAACCUACGUGGAAAAGACCGUGCCGUUACAGUUGGAAGCCGCGCAUGUGGACCUGCUCGAGGAUAUUUUGUCGACUUUCGACGGAUUAAUGGCAAACGAUAUGUCAGAUGGUCAAAAAGACCCAACACCUCCACCCCGCGCUCCUCAAAACCGGUCGCAACCCAAACAGCAACAUGCAUCUCUUAAGGAACCGCCAAAGCACGGCUCGGCCUACACGGCCCAUAUCCACAAAGUUGGAGCCAGGAGGGAUUCGCUCACUACGUCAACGCUUUUGCGUUCAUUGAAAAAAGAUCUAUCUCAGACUAAUACUCCAGGAGACAACAUCGACCCUGAUGCAGAUAUAAGAGGAGAUUAUUUUGGCAGGUGGAAGGGUUUGGGCGGCGUCGCUGCUCCCAAAGUUUCCGUCAAGGCCUUCUUGUCCAAAUGCAAUACAAGGGCAGCUGAUGCCGCUCCGCGCGCAUUCAACCGUGCAUCCAAGCGUGGGCCACGAGAUGUACCUGCAUCGUACUCUUCGGAUUCGGAAUCAGAUUUUUCGGGUAGCGAUAGCGAUAGUGACACUCCAGUCUGGAUCGCUGUAGGCGGCCGACGAGGAUCGACAUUGCAUCCUGGAUCAGCGGAUGGAGUAAAUGCACCAAGAGGCCGUGCGGCACGAAAACUUGCCGUGCAAUACGCAGUAUCAAAGCGAAGUCCAGUAACGGCUCCCAACGAGGAACCGUCCAAGCCGGUCCCCCCCGCACGUCGGUCGUCGUUCUUCCCGUCGCCACCAAGCAGCACCCCCGCAUCGUCGGCAGGUUGGACUCUGGCCAAACCAGAAGAUGGUGUAGUCCCUCUCCAGGCCGGUUCCGGUUGGGUUGUAUAUCCCCAUCACCCAUCACAGACCGUUACACCGCCCGCGUCACCUCAUCUCCCUACAACCUCCCUCCAAUCUACGACGCCUCUUGUCACUGUCUUUCCUGGAUACCAGCCAACCGCUGGCAUGGACCCAACGCCCGCGACUACACCAGGACAAAUCGACUCUUCUCAAGACCCGCAGCAACAUCAAGAUCAACACCAACAGCAACAGCAAUUGUGGGCCAUGUACAUGCAACAACAACAACAUGAGCAAUACCAACAACAGUAUUAUCAGCAAUAUCAACAGUAUUACGACCAAUACCAACAUGCUUACGAUCAAUACUACCAAGACCAGUACCAGCAACAAUCGUAUGCAAUGUACUAUCCGGUUCAAUACUACUCGGCUGUUCAAACACCCGCCCAACCACCCUCACAACCCAAACCAAAAAAGAAAAAGGACAAAAAGACGAAAUCUACGCGGAGUCAAAGCAAGUGUCGUCCGAGAAAACCACUUCAAGACGUCCCGGAGGAGAAGGGUGUGGCUGCUCAUGGCGAGCAGCCUGAGGAUAAUGCCGAGAGUGAUGGAUGUAGUGGCUAGUCGAGAAGGAGGCAAAAGCACACUUGUAUAUAGUAUAUUCAUAUCAUCUGCUUUCAAUAUAUCACGUGCAAACAAUCGCG